CAGGAUGGGUAAAAAGAUAAAGAAGGAAGUAGAACCCCCUCCUAAGGAUGUGUUUGAUCCAUUAACAAUCGAAAGCAAAAAAGCAGCGACCGUGGUGUUAAUGCUUCAGUCUUCAGAAGAAGAAAUUUUGGUUAAAGCAUGUGAAGCCAUUUAUAAAUUUGCAUUAAAAGGUGAGGAAAAUAAAGCAACCCUCCUUGAACUUGGAGCUGUGGAACCUUUAACUAAAUUGCUUACCCAUGAAGACAAAACCGUAAGAAGAAAUGCUACUAUGAUAUUUGGAAUCCUGGCUUCUAAUAAUGAGGUUAAAAAAUUGUUAAGGGAGUUAGAUGUCAUGAGUGCUGUCAUCGCCCAGCUGGCUCCUGAAGAAGAAAUAGUUAUCCACGAGUUUGCUAGUCUUUGCCUGGCAAACAUGUCUGCAGAGUACACCAGCAAAAUGCAAAUAUUUGAACAAGGCGGACUAGAGCCUCUCAUCAGGCUGCUGGGCAGCCCCGACCCGGAUGUAAAGAAGAAUUCUAUUGAAUGUAUUUACAACUUGGUACAGGAUUUUCAGUGUCGAAUUACACUUCAAGAACUAAAUGGAACCCCUCCUAUAUUGGAGCUCUUGAAGUCAGAAUAUCCAAUUAUUCAGUUGUUGGCUCUUAAAACCUUAGGUAUUAUUACAAUUGAUAAGGAGUUCCGGAUCAUGCUAAGGGACAAUCAAGGACUGGACCACCUUCUUAAGAUCCUGGAAACCAAGGAGUUGAAUGACCUUCAUGUAGAAGCACUUUCAGUGAUAGCCAAUUGCCUUGAAGAUUUGGAUACUAUGGUGAUGAUCCAGCAGACAGGGAAUCUUAAAAAGCUCCUGUCAUUUGCAGAAAACUCUACAAUUCCUGAUGUGCAGAAGAAUGCAGCCAAAGCAAUCACUAAAGCAGCUUAUGAUGCUGAAAACAGAAAACUUUUUCACGAACAAGAGGUCGAAAAGUGCCUUGUCACCCUUUUGGGUUCUGAAAGUGAUGGAACUAAGAUUGCAGCUUCCCAAGCGAUUUCGGCCAUGUCUGAGAAUUCAGCCAGCAAGGAUUUUUUCAAUAACCAGGGGAUUCCACAGUUAAUUCAGUUGCUAAAAGGUGACAGUGAAGAAGUGCGGGAAGCUGCCGCCCUGGCCCUGGCAAACUUGACCACCAGCAAUCCUGCUAAUGUGAAGGCUACCGCGGAAGCCGAUGGUAUUGAUCCGUUAAUAAAUCUCCUGUCUAGCAAACGAGAUGGAGCCAUCGCCAACGCCGCGACGGUGCUAACAAACAUGGCCAUGCAGGAGCCGCUGCGCGCCACCAUCCAGAGUCGCGGCAUCAUGCUCGCCAUCAUCGCCCCGCUGCAUUCUGCGAACACCGUCGUGCAGAGCAAAGCCGCUCUCACCGUGGCGGCAAUCGCGUGCGAUGUCGAGGCCCGGACGGAGUUAAGAAAUGCCGGCGGGUUGGAGCCCCUGGUGGAUCUCCUGCGCUCCAAGAACGAUGAAGUUAGGAAGCACGCCAGCUGGGCUGUGGCAGUGUGCGCCAGCGACGAGCUGACAGCCACCGAGUUGUCCAAGCUCGGGGCUUUAGAUAUCCUUGAUGAAGUUAACCUAUCAGGAAAUCGAAAAAAUAAAUUCAGCGAGACAGCUUAUAACAAAUUGCUCAACAACAAUCUUCCCCUGAAAUAUAGCCAGACUGGCUAUUUAUCAUCAAGUAACAUAAUUAGUGAUGGCUUCUAUGAUUAUGGCCGGAUAAAUCCUGGCACCAAACUUUUGCCUUUGAAGGAGCUCUGCUUACAAGAACCAAGUGACUUACGGGCUGUGCUCUUAAUCAACAGUAAAUCCGAUGUUUCUCCACCUGCCUCUACGGAAGAUAAAUCAUCAGACAUUGGUUAUGGGAGAAGUAUUUCUUCUUCAUCUUCCUUGAGAAGAGCAAGUAAAGACAAGACCAUGACUGGAUUUGGAUCUCCCACAGAAGACAAAUCAGAACCUACGUCGGGACGGAAUACUGCUCUUAGCAAAAGUGGCACUAAAGAAAAAGGAUGGAGGAAAGGCAGAGGAAAAAAAGAAGAGGAAAAACUGAAAGAGGAGGAAGAGAUUCUAGCGGCACCAAAAUUGGUCAGCGAUGGAAGCCCUGAGAAAGAGUGGUACCCUCCCUUUGACCCUAAUUUCUUAAUGUACAUACAUGAGGUGAACAAAUCAAUACUGCCUAUAACCAAUAUUAAGGAACAAAUUGAGAUUCUUGCAAAGUAUGUGGCAGAAAAAAUGGGUGGUAAGAUUUCAAAAGAUAAAAUGCCUGAUUUCAGCUGGGAACUUCACAUAAGUGAACUAAAAUUUCAACUUAAAUCCAACGUUAUACCCAUUGGAAGUAUCCAAAAAGGAACCUUCUACCAUCGAGCUUUGCUUUUCAAGGCUCUGGCUGACAGAAUUGGCCUCGGCUGCUCCCUAGUUCGAGGGGAGUAUGGCAGAGCAUGGAACGAAGUUACCCUGGUACACGACCGGAAGGGGGUGAUUGGGGGCCUCUCCCCUCCCGACAUAUACAUUGUAGACCUCAUGUUCCAUCCGGGGAUGCUGAUGAAGUUAAAAAGUCGAGAGGCUGAUCUUUACAGAUUCCUUUAAACUAUCCAGCACUUGAGAGUUCCAACAAGAAACUGGCUCUCUACACUUUCCAAGUUUACCAGUUGAUCUGAUUUAUUUAAAUAAAA